CGGCGCAAUGGGUCGGCGAGCCGCCGGUGGCCGCCGCGCAGAGCUGCGCCGCGCCGGCGGCGGUGGCACCGCCGCGGACUCCGGCGGUGGCGCACGCGGCGCGAUCCUCCGCGGCGCCGCCGCUCGUUCCGCCCGCGGGUGAAUCGUGGCUGCCGAAGACCUGCGGCGCGUCGGGGGUGCGGUGGCCAUUCUCCGUAGUUGCGCACCGCGAAGGAAGAAGCGGAAAACGUGGAAGCUGUCGCGUUCAAUGACGCCGACCCGUUCGGCGGCGAGCGAGCCGCAGAGGCGGACGCGAUCGGCCGCCACGAGCCCGCGCGGCGCGCGAGCGACGCAGCCACCCGCGUCGGCAGCGGCGCCACGGCAAAUCACGACGACGGCAGCACCAGCGUCCCGGCCGAGCGCACGCGCGGCGGCCGCCACGCACGCGGCGUCCAGCGCCGCGGUCCCGGCGGGCGGCGGCGGAGGCACCGCGGCGGGCGCGGACGCGCCAAGCGCGGACGCGCCAA